CGGACCUGCUUUAUAAGGUUUCUCACAGCGAGUAGCUUUCCAUUUUCUGAACCUACAAACAGAAGCUGCUGCUCCACAGUCUCAGCUGCAGAAUUCCUGUGGAAGGAAAAAGCCAGAUUACUUCACUUCCUGUUAUAGGUCUGUUUUAGCAGACAAGAACUAAAAGAAGAGGUGAGUCUUCGUGAGUAAGAUAUUCCAUUCCUGUAUAUUUGCAUACUGAAAAGCAAAGUCAAACUGCUGGAAUGCUGGGCAAAGGGUGCACAUAUAUAAAUAAAACAUUUUAGGUGGAUGCAGUGCAGUUUGACGUGAAAAGAAUCAAGAAAAAAACAUGGGAACACUAAAGCUAUUCACAUUAUAUAUGUCCCUCUCUGUUUUCAUUUCCUCAUCUAGUGCAUUUUCCUUAAAGAACUGCACAAUCAGUACUCCCCUAAAAGUCAUCCAACCGAAAGUACUUUGCUACAAAAUGGGCUUUUUCAGAAUUCCACAGGUACCUAGAAAAACACGGAUUUUAGAUGUUUCCUUCAAUGCUUUCUCACAGAUCCAGACCGGGGACUUCAAUCAUUUGUCAGACUUACAGGACUUGAACAUAUCCAACAAUAAGAUCUCGCGGAUUCAAGAGGGUGCACUUGACAAUCUCUCUAAUUUAUCUCAUCUCAAUCUGGCCAGCAACAGACUACAAGGAAUCUCUAGAGGUAUGCUACAUGGCUUAACAAAUCUGAUGGAACUACGUCUGGAUUACAACUACAUACAAGACAUUGAAGAGUCAUCGUUCAGCACCCUGCAGAAUUUAAAGGUGUUAAACCUAACAAAAAACCGCCUCUAUUAUAUUGAGAAAAUCAAGCCGGUUCUCGCGUCACCAUAUUUGGAGGAACUGUACAUUGGAAGUAACCAUUUUGCUGCCUUCAACUCAAAUAAAAUGUCAACAAAGCCCUUGUCAUUAAAAAAACUGGAUUUUUCCAACAAUCCUUUGGCAACAUUUCAGCUCACUGACAAUAUAUUUCCAUCUCUCAGUCACCUUGAUUUAUCUUAUUGUGGUCAAAACGGAACCAUGUCAUGGAACGCCACAGAAAAGACAUUCUUUACCUCAGUGAAAACAUUAUACUUCAUGGAUGUUCAUAUGUCAGACCAGAAUGCUUCUAAUGUGCUUAAGAGCUUCAAGAAUUUCUUGAAUAAAAUCAGGUUUAAUGCAAACGUUGCGUUGAACAAGACUAACCUUCUGCUCAACGCAUGUUCUCCAGUGUUACAAGUUGUACGGUUAAAUUCUAACAAAAUAAAUAAGCUCACCGAUCGCAUGUUUGAUCCCUGUUCUAACUUGACAGAAUUAGAUUUAGGAAAUAACGAAAUAUCCAAGUUAACAAAGAGUAUGUUCAGAGGAUUUACACAACUAAAAACGCUGCGUUUGCAAAUCAACAAACUAACUCGAAUAACAAACUCUUUUCAAACGCUCUUCACUCUCGAGUUCAUAGAUCUCAGCAGAAACAACAUCAACAUGCUCACUUGUGAUGACUUUGCCAAUUUAACGCAGGUGAAAACUCUGUACUUGUACGGUAACAAAAUCUCAGUCAUUAGUUUCUGUUUUUUCAAGGACCUGAGUAGUCUUGAGGUCCUCAAGCUUGGAACAAACCAUCUGUUAAAGAUCGGUGAUGCUUUCACCAAAGGGCCACAUUCAUUGUUGGAACUUCAACUUAAUUUUAAUAAGCUAAGCAAAAUCGAAAAGCACACUUUUAGGAAUCUGUCACAGCUGAAGAUUUUGUGCUUACAAGACAAUCAGAUUUCUGUCAUCGAAGACCAUGCAUUCGAAGGACUGAAUAACCUAACGUCUUUGUUCCUGUCAUCAAACAAAAUAUCAUCUAAAACAUUAACCAAACAGCAUAAUACGUUCACAGGCAUGCCCAACCUCAAAAAUCUAGAUUUGUACGCCAACAGCAUUUUAUUUACCGAUGAAAAAUUGAAAUACCCUCUUUUUAAAGACCUGAAGCAACUCAGAGUAUUGACCUUGCACAGUCAACGUCGCGGAAUUGGCAUAAUACCCUCAAAUCUACUUCAAGGUUUAUCCUCCUUGGAAAUGUUUUACGUUGGGAAUACGAAUCUAGCCCAUCUGAGUCCUGAUACAUUCCAGUCUAACCCCGAGCUCUGGUUUUUGGAUCUCUCUAAAAAUGCACUGUCUGAAGACCACUCGAUCCCAGCUGAGUUGUUCCACCCCAUUCCGAAGCUUACCAAACUCAUCCUUUCGAGAACGCAGCUUCGCUCGCUGAACUUCCUGUUGAAGGCAAAUCUCUCCCGCCUUUCAACCUUAAAAGCUUGUGGCAAUGAGAUUGACACGAUCAACCAAUCUCUGAUUCAGUCACUGCCUCGACUAGAGCUCCUCGACUUGAAGAAAAACACGUUCACUUGUGAUUGUACCAAUGAAUUCUUCAUCAACUGGGCCAAGAAUAGUAAUUCUACUCAGGUGGUUUAUUUGAACAGGUACAUGUGUAGCUAUCCUAGUUCCUUACGAGGAAUGAGCUUGUCUGCAUUCAACACUGAAUCCUGCACCUUGAAAACCGACUUCAUCUGCUUUCUUUGCAGCAGUAUUGUGGUCAUUCUCACCCUCCUUUCGUCAUUCGUCUGGCAUUUUCUGCGCUUUCAGGUGGUUUACGCAUACUACCUCUUCUUAGCUUUCCUUUACGACAACAAAAAGAAGCAAGGUUUGACAUUUCAGUAUGAUGCCUUCAUUUCCUACAAUGCCAAAGACGAGCCUUGGGUAAUGGAGGAACUUAUUCCCAAAUUAGAAGGAGAACAGGGCUGGAGACUGUGCCUUCACCACCGAGAUUUUGAACCAGGGAGGCCAAUAAUAGACAAUAUCAUUGAUGGCAUCUACAGCAGCCGCAAGACCAUCUGCCUGAUCACUAGGAGCUAUUUGAAGAGCAACUGGUGUUCAAGUGAGGUCCAAGUGGCGAGCUUCAGACUCUUUGAUGAGCAGAAGGAUGUGCUGAUUCUGGUGUUCAUGGAGGACAUCCCCACACAUCAGCUCUCUUCGUAUCACAGGAUGAGGAAACUGGUGAAGAAACGAACCUACCUCCGCUGGCCAAAACCUGGAGAAGACACUAAGGUCUUCUGGCAAAAGCUAAAAAUGGCUUUAGAAACCAAAGAUGGUCGUAAAUCAGAUCACAAGAUGAUUCUGUGAGGGUAUUAGAAUGGCACUGUAUACACUCUUAGAAAAUAUAGGUACAAAGUGUCAUCACAUUUGUAUCCUUUAAGUAUUAAUAUAUACUAAUACAUACCUUUUAAAAGGUUUCUCCACCCCAACAUAAAAACUGUGUUAUUAAUCACUUACCCAUAUGUAUGCCAUCUUACUUUCCAGUCCUGAUUUUCAUCUAAAAUAUCUUAAAUUGUGUUUCAAAAAUAAACAAGUCUUUUAUGGGUUUGAAACGACACAAGUGAUUGAAGAAAAAUCUUUUUGGAGAAUCAAUAUGGACUUUUUAGGUACAAAACAUUUGGAGACUGUACUUUUUUUCUUAUGCUAUUUUCUAUUUUUUUUGAGCAAACUGUAUUUUUGUGCAAUUUUAUUAUGUUUUAAAAUGUAAUUUAAUUUAAAAUAGCUGUUGUCUACUACUCAAAAUUUCAUUAAUUACAAAGCUGAAUUUUCAGUAUCAUCACUAUAGAGUUUAGUGACACGAUUCAUAUUUCUUACUAUUAUCUGUAAAAAGCUUUGCUUAAUAUUUUGUGGAUCCUUUUGAUUGGACAAUUUAUUUCAAACAGGAAUCUUUCCUGUCACUUGAUCAGUUUAACACUGUACAUCCUUGUGAAAAGGUAAUAAUUUAUUAAAAACAAAAUGUUAUUUGCCUCAAACUUUUACAGCAUAUGGAUUUGUAUUUUUAUUUUAAAAUUAUUUGGAGAGCUCCUGUAAAUAUAAAUACAAUAAUAUGUACCUUACUUUAAAAUGUUUGAUGACUGAACAGUAUCUUUAGUCAGCAUGUUUGAAACUGUCCAAGUGAAGAAGAUCUCAGUAGGGGUCAUUGUGGGCUGAUGUUUGGCCCACACACUGGACCCCCUGAUUGCUAGACACGGGGGUGGAAAGGGUCAAGUAAUAAUGGCCCAUUCUCUAAUUUUAUCAGAUCAACAUCGUAUUGUAAUUGCAUGUAAAGCCAGGAUAACACCUGAAAAUUUACAAGAAAUGGUCUGUUUAUAUGAAGGGAACUACUCUCACAAGGGUUGUGUUGGUCAUGCAUUACCAAAAGUUUAUCAAAACUAUAGAACUGUAAAGAACUACCGAAACCUUACAGACUGCAGCUGAACUAGAGCACAUUUUUGUAUGGAAGUAGAACAAAAGAGUGAAAACUAACCUAUAAACGUUACAUUUCUUUAAAUUUAAAAUGUAAAAGAAUUUAAAAGCUUGUUUUGAAUCUAGAGCAUUCCUUUAACACCAAGUGAUGGUAGUGUGGGAAGAGAACAGAGGGUCACAGGAGUAAAGUCAGCUUUUCUGUCUCCUGUCUUUCUGACCCUUGACCCCAGUGAGUCUCCAGCAGAAGCUGUUAUAAGAGCUCUUUUGCCGACCUGUUCUGAAGGGCAUGCCUGCACAUUCGCUGCUUUACGCCUCCACGUUGUCCUCCAUUGUCCAUAUCCCAGCAUGUGUCCUCCGCUGGACUAUACAGGAGAGGCUAUUAUGCUAACCGCUAAAGUGUUACAAUUACAAUACAAUUGAUUCAGUUCAUACACAAACUAGUUCAGAAUGUUAAGAUCAGAUGCUCAGCUGUUAUAUGGGUCUGCUGAAAAGUGUGAUGGAAGUCUGAUGAUAGAGAUCUUAUAGAGACUGUUUGAUUUAGUUUAUUAACAGUGCACUAACCUUCAAACAUACUAGCAUGUAGUUAAAAGGCUGCAGUAAUCAUCCUUCUCUGGAUGUAGAUACUAAUUGGUUCAUAAUUAGCUCAUGUCUUCAUGAGUUCAUGUUAAAGUAUUAAUUCAGGUAUUACAUGAUUAUUAAUGGGCAAUUAUUGUAAUGUGUUAUUGUUAAAGGUACAAAAGUGUCACAUCUGUACCUUUUAAAUAUGUUUUCUGUUGAGAUUCUGUUCUUUUACUAAUAUGCUGUUAUUAAAUGAAAGAACCAGAACAGGAGAACUGUAGGAACAUCUCAGUCUCAAAGUUUUUGUAGCUUGGAUCAUCACAUAAUUGUAAGCUUUGUGUGUGUGUGUGUUUUACAACUAUAGGGUGAGGGAAUGUACAGUAUGUUGUGGAUCAAUUCAUAUCUUGAAAUAAUCAUAAAUUGACAAUUUAGCGAAUAAACGGUCACACACAAUCCUUGA